CAAUAAAUUUCAAGACCGGGUCAUCUGAUACUGAUGACAUUGCUUUCCACUUCAUUCCCCGAAUGGGCUCAAAUGUGACCAUGAACAGCUUCAGGAAUGGGGGAUGGGAGUCUGAGGAAAGUGUCUCUGACAACCCCUUUAAAAAGGGAGAAGCUUUUGAGAUGUUCACUGUCAUCAAAUCUGAAGGAUAUCAGAUAUACGUGAAUGGCAAGGAGCAGUACACAUUCAAGCACCGUAUACCACUGGAAAAAGUGUCAGCUUUAAAUAUCAAAGGAGAUGUUGCUGUGAAACUUCUUGGCUUCAUACAAAACUGGAGCACAUCUUCAUUCCCUACAGAAGUUACAACAAAAAUCAUCAGUUGUGGCAGCUCACGUGGGGAACGUUCCACCGUACAGUCAGAGAUCUUGCAGCCAGUCCAAAACCCUAUCCUUCCUUAUGUGGGUCCAAUUUCAGGAGGACUGAGAGAAGGAAUGGCCUUGUACUUGCAGGGAGUUGUUCCCACUAAUGCUGACUGGUUUGCAAUAAAUUUCAAGACCGGGUCAUCUGAUACUGAUGACAUUGCUUUCCACUUCAUUCCCCGAAUGGGCUCAAAUGUGACCAUGAACAGCUUCAGGAAUGGAGGAUGGGAGUCUGAGGAAAGUGUCUCUGACAACCCCUUUAAAAAGGGAGAAGCUUUUGAGAUGUUCACUGUCAUCAAAUCCGAAGGAUAUCAGAUAUACGUGAAUGGCAAGGAGCAGUACACAUUCAAGCACCGUAUACCACUGGAAAAUGUGUCAGCAUUAAAUAUCAAAGGAGAUGUUGCUGUGAAACUUCUUGGCUUCAUACAAAACUGGAGCAUAUCUUCAUUCCCUACAAAAGUUACAACAAAAAUCAUCAGUUUGGGCAGCUCACGUGGGGAACGUUCCACCGUACAGUCAGAGAUCUUGCAGCCAGUCCAAAACCCUAUCCUUCCUUAUGUGGGUCCAAUUUCAGGAGGUCUGAGAGAAGGAAUGGCAUUGUACUUGCAGGGAGUUGUUCCCCCUAAUGCUGACUGGUUUGCAAUAAAUUUCAAGACCGGGUCAUCUGAUACUGAUGACAUUGCUUUCCACUUCAUUCCCCGAAUGGGCUCAAAUGUGACCAUGAACAGCUUCAGGAAUGGGGGAUGGGAGUCUGAGGAAAGUGUCUCUGACAACCCCUUUAAAAAGGGAGAAGCUUUUGAGAUGUUCACUGUCAUCAAAUCCGAAGGAUAUCAGAUAUACAUGAAUGGCAAGGAGCAGUACACAUUCAAGCACCGUAUACCACUGGAAAAAGUGUCAGCAUUAAAUAUCAAAGGAGAUGUUGCUGUGAAACUUCUUGGCUUCAUACAAAACUGGAGCACAUCUUCAUUCCCUACAGAAGCUACAACAAAAAUCAUCAGUUUGGGCAGCUCACGUGGGGAACGUUCCACCGUACAGUCAGAGAUCUUGCAGCCAGUCCAAAACCCUAUCCUUCCUUAUGUGGGUCCAAUUUCAGGAGGUCUGAGAGAAGGAAUGGCAUUGUACUUGCAGGGAGUUGUUCCCACUAAUGCUGACUGGUUUGCAAUAAAUUUCAAGACCGGGUCAUCUGAUACUGAUGACAUUGCUUUCCACUUCAUUCCCCGAAUGGGCUCAAAUGUGACCAUGAACAGCUUCAGGAAUGGGGGAUGGGAGUUUGAGGAAAGUGUCUCUGACAACCCCUUUAAAAAGGGAGAAGCUUUUGAGAUGUUCACUGUCAUCAAAUCCGAAGGAUAUCAGAUAUACGUGAAUGGCAAGGAGCAGUACACAUUCAAGCACCGUAUACCACUGGAAAAAGUGUCAGCAUUAAAUAUCAAAGGAGAUGUUGCUGUGAAACUUCUUGGCUUCAUACAAAACUGGAGCACAUCUUCAUUCCCUACAAAAGUUACAACAAAAAUCAUCAGUUUGGGCAGCUCACGUGGGGAACGUUCCACCGUACAGUCAGAGAUCUUGCAGCCAGUCCAAAACCCUAUCCUUCCUUAUGUGGGUCCAAUUUCAGGAGGACUGAGAGAAGGAAUGGCCUUGUACUUGCAGGGAGUUGUUCCCACUAAUGCUGACUGGUUUGCAAUAAAUUUCAAGACCGGGUCAUCUGAUACUGAUGACAUUGCUUUCCACUUCAUUCCCCGAAUGGGCUCAAAUGUGACCAUGAACAGCUUCAGGAAUGGAGGAUGGGAGUCUGAGGAAAGUGUCUCUGACAACCCCUUUAAAAAGGGAGACGCUUUUGAGAUGUUCACUGUCAUCAAAUCCGAAGGAUAUCAGAUAUACGUGAAUGGCAAGGAGCAGUACACAUUCAAGCACCGUAUACCACUGGAAAAAGUGUCAGCAUUAAAUAUCAAAGGAGAUGUUGCUGUGAAACUUCUUGGCUUUAUACAAAACUGGAGCACAUCUUCAUUCCCUACAAAAGUUACAACAAAAAUCAUCAGUUUGGGCAGGUCACGUGGGGAACGUUCCACCGUACAGUCAGAGAUCUUGCAGCCAGUCCAAAACCCUAUCCUUCCUUAUGUGGGUCCAAUUUCAGGAGGACUGAGAGAAGGAAUGGCCUUGUACUUGCAGGGAGUUGUUCCCACUAAUGCUGACCGGUUUGCAAUAAAUUUCAAGACCGGGUCAUCUGAUACUGAUGACACUGCUUUCCACUUCAAUCCCCGAAUGGGCUCAAAUGUGGCCAUGAACAGCUUCAGGGAUGGAAAAUGGGAAAGUGCGGAAAGUGUCUCUGACAACCCUUUUAAAAAGGGAGAAGCUUUUGAGAUGUUCACUGUCAUCAAAUCCGAAGGAUAUCAGAUAUACGUGAAUGGCAAAGAGCAGUACACAUUCAAGCACCGUAUACCACUGGAAAAAGUGUCAGCAAUAAAUAUCAAUGGAGAUGUUGCUGUGAACCUUUUUGGCUUCAUACAAAACUGGAGCACAUCUUCAUUUCAUACAGAAGUUACAUCAAACAUCAUCAGUUUGGGCAGCUCACGUGGGGAACGUUCCACCGUACAGUCAGAGAUCUUGCAGCCAGUCCAAAACCCUAUCCUUCCUUAUGCGGGUCCAAUUUCAGGAGGACUGAGAGAAGGAAUGGCCUUGUACUUGCAGGGAGUUGUUCCUACUAAUGCUGACCGGUUUGCAAUAAAUUUCAAGACCGGGUCAUCUAAAACUGAUGACACUGCUUUCCACUUCAAUCCCCGAAUGGGCUCAAAUGUGGCCAUGAACAGCUUCAGGGAUGGAAAAUGGGAAAGUGCAGAAAGUGUCUCUGACAACCCCUUUAAAAAGGGAGAAGCUUUUAAAAUGUUCAUGGUCAUCAAAUCCGAAGGAUAUCAGGUAUGUGCUUUGAAACACAAAACUCACUGCGCACCCCUAAAAGAAAUCUAG